AUUGAUUUUUACAAUUAAAAAAGAGAGCAAAAAGUAUGGCAGCGCCAGUUGCCAUAAGAGUCUUUUAGUGGGACCAGCUGGCGAGAAAAUCCGAACAAUCGAUAAGUCCCGCCUCUUCUGGCAUUGAGCUGGCCAUCCCUGGUCGAAUUUUGAGCAGUUUUUGUUUACAAACUUAAUUCAUUUACGAAAUCCAAUCAUCUUUGGCAUGCAAAAUGAGCGGCAGCUACAAGACCCCGCGGAAGCAGAACCUAAAAUCAAUCGAAAACCUCACAAACUCGGAGGAUGAAUCCGCGGAUCUGAACACGGCCAUUGUCGCGGAUGCGGAAACCGAAACUCAGGCAAGCUCCAAGCGGGCUACUCGUCGUUCCACCCGCCGCCCGAGUCCCACGAAGAAGUACCAGGCUUAUCAGCAGGAGAAUGGUAGCAGGCAGCAGGAGCACGUGGUGGUAAACUAUGUGGAGUGCACAGACGAUGAGAGCGAUGUUAUGAAUAUUGAAGAUACGCCGGAGGAGGAUCAGGAGGAGGACCAAACCGAAGUGGAGAAUACAGCAAGACCCACAUCCAAAGAUCUUAAUCUCAUCCAAUCUGAGUACAAUGUGGCCGGGAGCAGUCUGUUUGGCUUCAAUACACCCAAAAAGCGGGAUGCCAUGGCCCUGGCCGCCCUCAAUGCCACGCCUCGCACGCCCAAGACUCCGAAGACACCGCGGCUGGGCGUGAAGGCGCCGGAAACCAAGCGCAAGCGAUCUGCCGCAGAUCAGCCAAAGACGCCCUCUCAUGUGCGCAGCCGUGUCAAGAAUCAGAUUGCCAAAAUAGUGGCGGAUUCCGGCGACGAGGAUUUCUCCGGGGACGAAAGUGACUUCCGACCAAGUGACGAGGAAUCCCUGAGCAGCAGUAGCAGCAGUGAUUCUUCCUCUGAGAACGAUGCCGCCGAUGAUGAUGAGCCCAAGACGCCGUGUAAGACGCGACGUGCCAUUGUGAUUCCCAUUCUGCCCAAAACUCCAUCGGCAGCUCGACUCCGGCAAACGGCGCGGGCCAAGAAGUCCAAUGAGUUUGUUCCCGAGAGCGAUGGUUACUUCCAUUCGCAUGCCAGCACCAAGAUCCUCACCUCGGAUCAUACGUUGGACCGCCUGAAGAAUCCUCGACUGGCUGCCGAUCGUCUGUUUAGCUUGCUGUCGGAAAUGAAGUUGUCGGCGGAGCACGAGACGUCGAUUAAUGCGAUUAUGGAGGAGUAUCGCUCGUACUUUCCCAAGUGGAUGUGCAUCCUCAACGAGGGAUUUAAUAUACUGCUUUACGGACUGGGUUCGAAACGACAGUUGUUGCAGGCCUUUCAUCGCGAGGUAUUGGGCAAACAGACGGUUCUGGUGAUAAACGGCUUCUUUCCCAGUCUGACCUUGAAGGAUGUGCUGGAUAGCAUCACAAACGAGAUCCUGGACGCAGGCAUUAGUCCAGCAAAUCCCCACGAGGCUGUGGAUAUGAUCGAGGAGGAGUUUUCCCUGAUACCGGAGACACAUCUCUUUCUGAUUGUUCACAACCUGGAUGGAGCUAUGCUGCGCAAUGUGAAGGCUCAGGCUAUUCUGUCGCGACUAGCGAGAGUGCCCAACAUCCAUCUGCUGGCCUCUAUUGAUCAUAUCAAUACCCCAUUGCUCUGGGAUCAGGGGAAGCUAAGCAGCUUCAAUUUUUCGUGGUGGGACUGCACCACCAUGCUGCCAUAUACGGAUGAAACCGCCUUCGAGAACUCCCUUCUGGUGCAGAACUCUGGUGAACUUGCCCUCUCCUCGAUGCGCAGCGUCUUCUCCUCACUGACCACUAACUCGCGCGGCAUUUACAUGCUGAUUGUCAAGUAUCAGCUGAAGAAUAAAGGUAAUGCCACCUAUCAGGGCAUGCCAUUCCGGGAUCUGUACUCCAGCUGCCGUGAGGCCUUCUUGGUCAGCUCGGAUCUGGCUUUGCGCGCUCAGCUAACCGAAUUCCUUGAUCACAAACUGGUCAAAUCCAAGCGAAGCGUGGACGGCUCUGAGCAACUAACCAUUCCCAUUGAUGGUGGCCUACUGCAGCAGUUCCUUGAGGAGCAGAAGGAUAAGAAAUAGAGGUCGCGCGUCGCAUUAAUGUUAGAACAUAUUAAUUUAUUAUCUAA